CCCCGACCCCCGAUCCCCGAUCCCCGAACAACCACACGCAAUACAGCAUGGGCGACUACGUAGCCGAUCUUGCGGUGCGAGUCAAGGCAGCUGGGGCCGCCGUCGAGGGCCAGGAUGGAGAGGCCGGCGGGCUGCAGUUUGGAAAGGAGCUGGCAAGCCACUUUCUCUUUGACCGGGAAUACCGCAACCUCAACCACGGUUCCUUCGGGGCGAUCCCGCGCGCCAUCCAGGCCAAGCAGCGCGCGUUCCAGGACCGGGCCGAGGCGGCGCCGGACCCGUUUAUCCGGUUCGAGAACCCGGAGCUGAUCGACGAGUCGCGCGCCGCCGUAGCCGAGAUCCUCGGCGUGCCGACCGACACGGUGGUGUUCGUGGCCAACGCGACCACGGGCGUCAACACGGUGCUGCACAACCUGGUUUGGGCGGCCGACGGCCGCGACGAGAUCCUCUACUUCGACACCAUCUACGCCGCCUGCGCCAAGACCAUCGACUACGUCGUCGAGAGCGGCCGCGGCCUCGUCGCAAGCCGCAGCAUCCCGCUCGUCUACCCCGUCGACGACGCCGCCGUCGUCGCCGCCUUCCGCGCCGCCGCCGCUGCGUCGCGCGCCCAAGGCAAGCGGCCCCGCGUCGCCGUCUUCGACGUCGUGUCGUCGCUGCCCGGCGUGCGCUUCCCCUUCGAGGCCGUCACGGCCGCCUGCCGCGACGAAGGCACUCUGUCGCUCAUCGACGGCGCGCAGGGCAUCGGCCUGGUCUCGCUGACGCACCUCGCCGCCGUCGACCCGGACUUUUUUGUCAGCAACUGCCACAAGUGGCUGUUCACGCCGCGCGGAUGCGCCGUGUUCUACGUGCCGCAGCGCAACCAGCCGCUGCUGCGCUCGACGUUGCCGACGUCGCACGGCUUCGUGCCGGCGCCUGACGGCGGUGCGCCGGCGCGCCGCGUCGUGUUUGCGCCGUCGGCCAAGAGCGAGUUUGUCAACAACUUCGAGUUCGUCGGCACGCUCGACAACGCCCCGUACCUGUGCGUCAAGGACGCCAUCCGCUGGCGCGCCGACGCGCUGGGCGGCGAGGACCGCAUCCUCGCCUACACGCACGCGCUGGCCAAGGCUGGCGGGCAGCGCGUCGCCGAGAUUCUCGGGACAGAGGUCCUCGACAACGCUGCCGGGUCGCUGACGCGCUGCGCCAUGGUUAACGUCGUGCUGCCGCUGGCCGUUGCCGGCGCGGACGAGGCCGAUGAGGGAUUGAAGCAGCUGCUGGACAGCGGGAAAGUCGCGUUGGUUCCCGAGGCCGAGGCCGCCGACUUGGGCAACUGGCUCCAGCAGACGCUGAUCAAGGAGUACAAGACGUUCCUGCCCAUCUAUGCUUACCGCGGCCGCUUGUGGUCGCGGCUCAGUGCGCAGGUCUAUCUUGACUUGGAUGAUUUCGAGUGGGCGGGCCAGACCCUCAAGGCCAUGUGUGAGCGAGCUGUUGCGGGGGAGUAUAAUAAGAACUAAAGAAUGGAGCUACUCAGAGGCGGCGGAGUUUUUAGCCGGUUUAUUUUCUGCUCUGCUUCGUGGGGACGGUGAUUAGUUGAGCCGUUCCAAACUGGUGUCACGGCACAGGAGGGAUGGCGGGAAUGAGGAAUUCCUAGCCUCGAUUAUAUUCUGUAGUCUAGCUCAACGAGGAUGGUUCCAAUUUGGCGCCUAAGGCAUUGCGGGAAGACAGCCUUGACAAUCUCCCCGAGGUUGGCAGAGGCUGUCUUCUGCAUUGAAGAUAAUAGUCAGGUAGGUAUCUUUGGUAUAAUCGGGGGUCAAUUGAAUGGUGGGUGCCAAUCA